AUGCUCGAUAGGCCGGAUGCCGGUGUGAUGCCCGGUAUCGUAGCACUUCCACCGACGACAGCGAGACAAAUUGGCUCCGGUCAAGUCCUUGUGGACCCAAGCUCAAUCGUCAAAGAGUUGAUUGAUAAUGCUCUGGAUGGGAGGGCGAAGAGCAUCUUCGUAGAUAUUACCGCCAACACCAUCGACACCAUCCAAGUGAAGGAUGACGGCCACGGCAUUCCAGCCGAAGACCGCGCCCUAGUCUGUCGUCGUUACUGCACGAGCAAGAUCAGAGACUUCCACGACUUGAAAGAGGUGGGAGGGCAAUGGCUCGGCUUCCGCGGCGAAGCUUUGUCAAGCAUGGCUGAGAUGAGUGGCACGCUUUCAGUUACCACCAGGGUGGAAGGAGAGCCGGUCGCCGUCAAGCUGAAGUAUGGGCGCAAUGGUGAGCUUGCUUCGACUGAAAGGGACUCACAUCCAAUUGGAACGACGGUCAAAGUUACCAACUUCUUCGAGCAUAUACCAGUUCGCAAGCAAACAGCAUUGAAGAGCUCUACUAAAUGGCUCGGUAAGAUUCGCCGUCUUAUACAAGCCUAUGCUCUCGCUAGGCCUGCUGUUCGAUACAGACUUCACAUACUUAAAGCGAAGAACGAAAAAGGUGACUUCGUGUAUGCACCAAAGGCAGAUGCAGAUAUUAAAGACAUCAUUUCUAAGGUCAUUGGAAAGGAUUGCGCCCUCCAAUGCGACUGGACUGCCAUGGAAACAGACGGAUUUGAAAUUCGUGCGAUUCUGCCUAAACCCACCGCACACGGGUCAAAGAUCGCAAAUCACGGUGCUUUCGUCUCCAUCGACGCGAGACCGAUGUCCAACAGUCGAAGGACUGUCAAGCAAGUGGUAGCUGUAGUAAAGGACAGACUCCGCAAGUCAAACUCCUCGCUUGGAGCCGUGAAAGAUCCUUUCUUUUGUAUGAACAUCAUAUGUCCACCUGACAGCUAUGACCCCAACAUUGAGCCUGCGAAGGACGAUGUGAUGUUUGAGAAUAGAGAUCUCAUCAUGGGCGCCAUCGAUAAGCUACUGUCAUCAUACUACCCUAUAAUUAUUACCGAAACAGAGGAUAUCGAGCCGCCAACAUCUGCCCAACGCCCGCAAGAGUUCGAGCUUGACGAGCGACCACUUCGAGAUCAGACACCAGUCUCAGUCUAUGAGGAUGCUUUUACAGGAUUGGGCGAGGAGAAUAUGUCCAAGUCACCGCAGGAUCAGCCGCGAUGGAGAUCCAGCAUGUACGGCAUUGAUGAAGAUGAUCUGGAAUUUCUACAGGAGAACCGGCCUCUAGUGAUCGAAGAAGAGGAAGGCCUUCGAGCCGCAACCGUGUCCAACCCAUGGACUAUUGCACUGAUGAAUGCUGCCAUCAAUCCAAAGAAACUGACUGCCAAUAGACAGUUGCUGAGUCCGGCUAAAAGUCAGAGAGCAUCCACCCCGAUGCCUAGCUCUCCCACAUCUGCCAUCACUCCCUACAGAAACAUGCCAUCUGAGCCUUUGACACCCCAGACUUCAUCGCGAUCGAACAUGCUAAGGUCUUCAUUAGACAAUGAACUAGAAAAGAGCAUUCAACACCUACCUCGUCCUUCAUCGGAAGGACACCCCGAGAGGGAUCGCAGGGAACAUGGACCUGGAUUCCGAGAUGAAGAGCUGUCUAACAUAUCGCCAUCUAAGUCUAGGGAUCCGACUUGUUCUACUCAAGUCAACUUCGAACGCCCAGGGAUACAACCUUCUGAAACGAACCAGUUCAGCUCUACCUUACAAGAUACGUCACCUAUACCAUUGUCUGCUCCGCGCCGAAACCAACGGAAACAACAAGCGUUGGAUGAUACAUGGUUUGGACAACCAAUGCGUGGUUCCGAGCCUUCGCAGCCUUCUCAUCACCAGAAGCGAGCAAAGCAUCGGGAUGUCCCAAGACCUGUUAUGGCUGCAACGGAGCGUCUGAUAGAGGACAGACCGUACUCUAAAAAUAACACUGAUAUCCGUAGCUUCCUCCGACGAAAUAUGAGGCCUCAGAGACGUGCUUCUGACGAUCGUUCACCUGCGCCACGUUUUCCACGUAUCGGUUUUCAACUUAAAUCAAGUCAGUUCACAGGAGAACUAUCUCUAGUUAACGGUUGUGGAGACCGUCCCUCUCCGCCGAGUAGUCAACGAGGGACCCCGUUUCAUGGUAGUUCGAGGGCUACCUCUGCAGAACCUCAACCUCGCUCGAAGCAUUUCAGAGAUCAGUUGUUGUUUCAUUCCGACCGCGGGACAACCCGUGAGUCAGCUAAGAAGACUCACCGGCUUAGACGUUACACGACUGAUGGUUUGGAACGUACAAAGUCCUCCAAACUCCCGCUCGAGCGAGUGCCUCACGGUUACCGUAUCCAGGAUGUCGUGCUUCCGCUCGCUCCAAGUCUCGUCGCUGUUGUUCAGAGCGCUCGCAAGCUUGACAUGAGUCGCAAUAGCCUGGAAUGGGGCUAUUCACUUGAUCAAGCUUUUGAUGCCUUUGCGGAACGUAACACAGAAAGGAAGAUUAUGGACUGGGUGAUCAAGAUCGACGAGAUGUUGCACGAGCAGCACGAGAGGAUGGAUCGUGUUGACACGCGCUGUGAGCUGCACGAGGGUAUACAGAGAGGGCUAGAUGCCAGGAAAGAGCAAGACGGAGGCAAUGACACGAUCGAAGAUAUCAUCCACAAUUGGGGCCCGGUGCCGGCUGAAAAUGUGCUUGAAGACAUGUCGGACUUCAGUAUGUCGCAGUUAGUUGACUUGGAUGCCGAUGUACACGUAGCGACUAUGGGAGUGGUCGAAGACAAAAGCCCGAUCAAGGUGGCAGAUGACUUCGAUGAUGACAUUGACGAUAUGUUAAUGGAUCUCUAG